AUGUUAGCGGAAAGGACGGCGUUGAUCCAACUGCUUGCGGAAAGAAAUAAGAUUAUUGAAGUGAGUGGCGCGGCGCUGCAGAGGCUGAGAGGCGAUGUGAAGAAGCUGCAGCUUCAAAACUGGAACCUCGCUCAGUCAAAUAGCCACAUGUUAGCGGAGCUUAACUUGGGGAGAGAAAGGAUAAAAACGCUGCAGCAUGAAAUUUUUUGGAGAGCUGCUUUGCUUAAAGGAAAGACCAUGGACGUGCAGGUAUGUCAUGCUUUGACAUGAAUAGUGUACUUUUUAUGGCUAUGAAGCCCCAUUGUUCAAAAAAUUAGAAAGUAUUACUGAUAUAAUUGGUUUUAGAAAACAGUCCAGGAUCACAAUUUUAGC